GACGCAACUGGUAAUUGUUUAUCCAAAAAAUCAAUUCACAAGCAUUUACUAAGUAUUCUAUCGCUGUAAUUUGUGCAGUAUUUCUUUAUGUACCAUUGAACAUCGAUAUCGUAAGAAUCUCUGAUUGUCGAUGUUGACUCUCAAGUUUCCAAUGCGUGGCGUUGACAAUUAUUGACACUGUUUAACCGGUGGUAUACGAUAACAUUAGGUUAUGAAACUACAAGCAGACCAUAACAUAACCUUUCGUAUAUGUAAACAUAGUCUCAUUGACCUACGCAAUUGUUCUUAACGCAACUAAAACCGAGAAUUUGAGUUUUUUUGAUAAAGGAAGUAAAGUUAUAAUUCCUAAUGAAAACUGCUCCACAUCAAAGGCUAGUGAUGGUUGGCGAUCGUGAUGGUUUAAAAGAAUUAUUACGCCGACGUUUGGUUGAGUGUGGUUGGAGGGAUCAAGUAAAAUUAAUUUGUAAAGAAUUAAUAAAAGAACAUGGUCAUGAGAUUACUUAUGAUAAGCUACUUUCUACAGUUACAAGUAGAGCAAGAACACUUGUACCAGAUUCUGUUAAAAAGGAGCUUCUACAGAAAAUAAAGAAUCAACUUAUUGCUCAAGAAGAAAAAUUAAAAAUGUAACAAAAGUGAAGUUUCCUUUCUUUCAAGUCUUACUUUGUAAGAAAAAAUUAUGUGGCC